CUUAAGGCUGGCAGGGGAGACGGGACUGGGCGAUCGUAGGCUGCAGCAGGCGGAGAAGAGAAGGGGCAGCAAAGAAACAGAGAAGCUCCCUCUCCUGCCCUCGAUUUGUGUUGUGGUUUGGCAGCUUUGGGCCAGUUUCCCGGUUACCAGAUGACCUUUAGAACUUUCAGCUUGCGCCAUGGCAGAGAGGCAUAACCAGCCAGGUGUUCUUGAGAAAUUCUUUCUCGCGGGAGGAGUUUCAGUGAUAUCAAAGUCUGCUGCGGCUCCAUUCGAAAGGGUGAAGCUCCUGCUGCAAUACCAAGAGGAACUUGUGAGGCUUGGUAUUCUUCCUGAGCCAUUCAAGGGGAUUACAGACUGUUGCAAACGCCUUGUCAAGACUGAAGGUCUCCGGUCCCUCUGGAGAGGAAAUCUUGCUAAUGUGAUGCGUUAUUUUCCUCAGCAGUCCCUGGUCUUCUCCCUGAAUGAGUACUGCAACGCCGUUGUUCUUCCGGCUGUUUGGGGCAGGGCCCCGCCUAACAGUGAGGAUCGAUACUCCACACGGUUCUUUUGGCAUGCUGGGUGUGGGAGCGCUGCAGGAGCCAUGUCCCUGCUGUUGUUUUAUCCAUUGGAGGUCUCAAGGACCAAGCUUGCCAAUGAUCUUAAGAUGAAAGGCAAAUGGGAAUUCGAUGGUCACCUGGAUGUUUAUCGUCGUAUAUUGGGACCCAGAGCACACGUGGAGGAUCUAUACAGGGGGUAUCUCGUCUCCUCGUAUGGAGCAGGGAUAUACCGUGGCCUGUACUUUGGACUUUAUGGCGCCCUCAAGUCUAUUGUUCUCACUGGCAGUAGCAAGCAGGAUGAUUUCCUAGCCAAUUUUGCAUUAGCAUGGAUGACAACCAACAUGUCGGCCUUUGCAACAUACCCAAUUGAUACAAUUAGGAGAAGAAUGAUGAUGAAUGGGUUUAGCUUCUCUGAGGUGUUGCUGGAUGUGGGUGCCACCCCAAGGUUGCUGUACAAGGGAGCUGGUGCGAACAUUCUUCGGUCAGGUGUUGCGGGAGCCUUUAUGUUGGCUGGAUAUGAUCAAGUGCAGGCAUCUCUCACCAGCAGGGGGAAGGUCUGAACUGCAUUCAUGCUGAUCUGAUGUAGCAGCAGCAGCAGUUUCGAAUCAGUAUCUAUAUAUCUCCAAACCAAAGCCAGUGUUUCUUGCUUAUUAGAUGCAUGGUGGCAACUAAGCUAAAUGUUUAUUACUAUUAUCAUGAUGCAAACCAAAACCAGUGUUUCUUGCUUAUUA